AUGCAAUCCACCUGUACGUGGCAGCCAGCCCUCAAGCCAGGCACUUUGCCUGUGUAUGACGAGGCACUUAAGCACAUUGAACACGACUCGGCUGCGUUGCGUGACCAAAUCGCUAAGGAAAAGCAACAGGCGGACAUGUCAUCCACCGAUGUCCAGGAGCGUGUGUACGCGUUGGAAGUCGCUUCAGAUAUCAACCAACCUAGUGUGCGGGCGCAGUUCCGUCGCGGCACUUACUCCAUGGAGAAGCCUGUAUUCCGCCACAUGCGUGAGCAGGCAUGGCGUCAAGGAGGUGCUCUGAACCGGCUGAUCGAACGCAUCCGCAACAUGCACGUCUUGCCAGACGUCGUACCCAAGAUCACGCCGACCGUGGAUCUGGAGGUCCUCUUUGGCUCUGGUCGAGGGAUCGGCGAUCACGGUGGACAAGGAGGAAGCACACUCGCAAGUACACGCUCAUGCUCGUAG